AUGGAUCCCGCCGAUGCAAAAUGGUUACACCCUUUAUUGCAGCAAGUACUUCAGAGCCGGGGAAAUGGGAGUGCAGAGCCGGUCAUCACAGAGGUCCAAGGGGUCUCUUUACCAGAUCGGAUGGCUCAACCUCGAUCAGGAGGCGCGGUUGGAGAUGGGGGGGUGGAGAAUGCGGACGGUUUACACGACGAAACAGCCACUGUGGAGGUACAGUGGCCGGAUGUGGCUGAAUUAUGGAGCUACGACGCGCAUCCAGUGUAUGGGAUACGGCCGUCCUCGUAUGCUUCCCUGGUGCUCAUACAGGCUUGGGACGGGUUUGAGGGGCGUUCUUCGUUCUUGAGAGAAGAGGCCACCAGCCAAGGCAACCAAGAUGGGGCUCAGGAAGCGACGGCGCCCGAAGACAUGGGAGGCACCCAAGCCACAACGGAUAGGGCUGCGGAGGAAGAGGGCGACACAGUGGUGGUGGUGCUGAAAGGGGAGGGUGCGCUGCGCUUCCGUCCCAACAGCACAGACCAGGUGUCGCCGGCACCCUUCGCCUCCACGCCCUUCCAUGCCAACUCCACCGUCAUCAUUCCGCGCAACACCGUUCACCAGCCAACGGAGAGCAUGCUGCAUAUCUGUGAAGAGAGUGGUCAAGACCUCACACAGGAGAUCCGCAAGGGCAAGGGCAAGCAGCAUUGGACAUCAGCCAAGUCACCAUCAGCCCCAUUCAUCAUUGCACCUACACGUGUUCACGUGCAACUCUAA